AGUUCCAUUCGUUUGCGCGUUGUCUUAAGACACGCCCACAACUCCGCUCACUGGAACACCAUCGACGUCAUCUAUAUGCGACACGAAGUAGGAGCUUCGCGCAUAUGAAUUGAUGUUGUGUUACUGUCGAACAUACAACAAAGCCAUUGCAAGAUGAUAGACACAGAGAAGAUUUCAUCAGGAGGGGAGGCCGCCUGUUCAAACCAGAGUGAGAAGAAAGAGAACGAAAAAAAGAAGAGAUCUCGGGUGAAACAACUGCUGGCUGAAGUGAAGAAGCAGGUGGAAUUCUGGUUUGGUGAUGUGAAUCUUCACAAGGACAGAUUCAUGAAGAAUGUCAUCGAACAGUCACGAGAUGGAUAUGUUGACAUAUUUGUGCUGACAUCAUUCAACCGAAUGAAAAAAUUGACAACAGAUGUCAAGUUGAUAGCCAGGGCUCUUAAAAAUUCAGCAGUUGUGGAGGUAAAUCUUCAGGGAACACAUGUGCGACGAAAGGAUCCACUUGGUGAAAGCCCAAAUGAUGUCGACAACCGCACAGUUUAUGUGGAGUUGUUGCCGAAGUCAGUGACUCAUGUUUGGCUGGAGCGAGUGUUUAGCAAGUGUGGAAAUGUGGUUUAUGUUAGCAUCCCCAGGUACAAGUCCACAGGACACCCUAAAGGGUUUGCGUUUGUGGAAUUUGAGACAGAGGAACAAGCACAGAAAGCUACUGAGAUGCUGAACAAUCCUCCAGAAGAUGCUCCAAGGAAGCCAGGUAUCUUCCCUAAGACUUGUAAGAAAAAGACUAUCCCUUUUGAGGCUAUCCAGGACACACCAGGUUAUGAGGAGGAUGGCAAGAAAAAGAAAAAAAAAAGGUCUCGAAAAAACAGUGAUUGUGAAGAAAUUACUGUAAAUAAGAUGGACAAAGAAGGAAUGUUAGGGACUGCAGUUACCAGUGAGCCAAAGAAACAAUCAUCAGAUGAAUCUAAAAUGGAAAACCCUGAAAUACUUAUCAGCAGCGCAAGCAAGAACAUUGAGAAGAAAAGACGAAGAUCCCGCAGUUCUGAGGCAUUAGUUGGAGAAGCCCAAGAUGAGAUGCCAUCCAAAAUAAGAAAAGUAGAAGAGGAGGAGUACGAGGAGAGUGAAUUGAAAGAUUUACCAACUGAGAGGAAGUAUGAAGAACAGUUGGACUCUGAGAAAAAAGACAAUUCUGUUUUGAAGGCCAAGAGGAAAAGAAAGAAGAAGCUCAAGGAGAGAUUGAAAAUAGGGGAGGAGGUCAUCCCACUCAGAGUCCUCUCAAAGAAAGAGUGGUUGAACCUGAAGCAGGAGUACCUGACACUGCAGAAGCACUGUAUGGCCCAUCUGAAGCAGUCAGUGGCUCAGAUCAACCAGAAGUCAGUGAAGUAUGACAUCAUGCAGACUAAAGAGAAUGAGAACACUUCUUGUAAGGAUACAGCUAAGAAAGAGCCCCCUUCUGGCCCUGAGUUUGCGAGUGGAGUCAUUGUCAAGAUUAGCUGUAGCCAGCCCCUGCCAAGCAAGAGGUGCAUCAAGGAUUCACUGUCUGAGAUGUCCGCUGUGGCUUAUGUGGACAUUCUUGAUGGAGAUAAAGAAGGUUACAUUCGAUUCAAGAGUCCUGAAGGUGCACAGACAGUUAUCACAGCCCGAUCAGAACUUCAGAAAAAAUACAACUGGAACGUUGAACUCCUCUCAGGUGACCAUGAGCAGAGGUACUGGCAGAAGAUUUUGGUGGACCGACAAGCAAAGCUAAACAGUCCUAGAGAAAAAAAGCGUGGAACAGAAAAGCUCAUUUCUAAAGCUGAGAAAAUCAUCAUCGCUCGGGCCACCGAAGCAAGUAAGCACAUCCGCUUUGAUGACUGACAGUCUGAGCGAUAAUUACUUCAACAGAAAUAUUGUAAGAAAAACAAAGAUUUCAAAUGACAUAGCCAAUGAAUUCUAAAAUGUUCCUUUUAUGCUUUAUGUUGAUCUGACCUGUUAUUUUCUUAUUUGAAUGAUCAUGUAAUUAAUGAUGGAGUUUUGUGUUGGAAUUAGAACGAAGAUGUCUGGAAUAAUCAUCAUCAUCAUCGUUGAUGUUGUUAUUAUUAUUAUUAUUAUUACUAUUACUAUUAGUAAGUUGUUUACUGUUUUUUAUUAAGUUGUUAUAUUUUGAUGGCAAGAAAAGGCUCCAGAAUCAAUUAUAUAUGUAGUUAUAUUUGCAUCCCUGUUAUUAUUUUUAUUAUUAUAGUUCUUUUUU